GUUAAUUUUUUUUUGAAAUAAAAGGAAUCCCCCAAUUCUUGUGGCGGUGGCGAGUGGCUUGCCGGCGGCCAGGCAAGCGCAGACGAAUUUAAGACAAGAAACUCCCCCGACUCUCGCGGCGGUGGCGAGUGGCUCGCCGGCGGCAAGAUGAGCGCCGACGAAGCCCGCCAAAUGUUCCAAGGAAUGCUCAUCAGCCCGCCGCCCGUGAGCGGCGCCGACCGCAUCAGCACCCUGCCGGACAACGUGCUCCAGGACAUCCUCUCCCUCCUCACGGCGCAGGAAGCCGUGCGGACGUGCGUGCUCGCCCGGAGCUGGCGCCACCUCUGGAGGUCCAUCACGAGCCUGCGCAUCCUCAGUCCAGAUACUGCAUGGUAUGAUAUACUGUCAGACGACCCAGAGCCUGCCCGAGACCUCUGGAAGUUCGUGGACAAUCUUCUCAACCUGCGUGACAAGCGCACCGAGCUGCACACUCUCGACAUCAAAUUCGGCCAAUUCUCGCAAGAGGACCUGCCCUAUGUGAGCCUAUGGAUCCGUUCUGCUGUGAUGUGCAAAUUCAUUUUCGCAAGAGAUUUGGAACACCGCCCUAUAUUUAGCAACGUAAAGACUUUAUUACUAAACGAGUACUGGUGUGAGGCUCCUGGCUGCGGUCGACUAGCUCGCGUUCUAAAAAACUCACCAGUUUUAGAGAAGCUCACUCUUGAACUUUUCUCUGAGGGACCAGAUCAUAAAAUUGAAAUGAAAGGAAGCUACAGGACAAUGGAAGGACCGCCUGCAAUAUCUGAGCACCUUAAAAUAGUCGAAGUCAAGUGUAAUGCUGUUGACGAGAGAAUUCUUGAAGUUUUGAAGUUUCUGCAUGGACGGCACGGUCGGCCGGGUCGGUUAUGUGCUGGUCGAGCCAGACCAGCACCUAACCCUAACCACGCGCCCUCCCCCGAGCCCGAGCCUGCCCGCCGCCUCCCGCCUGCCCGCCGCCGUCUGCGCCUCCCGAGCAGCCCGCCCGCCGUCGCCUGCGCCUCCCGAGCCGCUGCCCGCCGCCGGCUCCUCACCGCGAUGCCGCUGCGCCUUACCCCCACCCCCGCCGCCCUCCUCGGCUCCUCCUCCAACUCGCGCCGCUGCCGCCUCCACCUCUCCCGAGCUCCCCUCCACCUCGCGCCGCCGCCAGCAGCCGCUCUCCUCCUCCUCACGCCCCCGCCCGCCGUCCCCUGGCCGGCCUCCUCCUCGCGCCCCCGCCCACCGAGCUCCCUGGCCGGCCUCCUCCUCGCGCCCCCGCCCACGAAAGAAAGAAAUAGUAAUUGA